AUGGCAUUUUUCAGAAGUUUUCAGCGGAAUCUGCCUUCGGUGUCCUCUCUGGUGGACACAAUCAGUAAUGCUGUAGAAGAUCUGACCGCUGCUGUUGGGGAGGUCGGCUGUACUUUAUCUGAUGUGGUUACUGAACAGGUAACAAGCAUGAUGAAUGGCUUUCGCCCAGAAGAGGAAAGCUCUUCAGCAGCAGAAAUUGUAGAUAGUUUUAAACAAGAAAAUACCACAUUACCAGAAGUCUCCAAAGACAUGAAUUGUCAGAAAACACCAUCCAAUUCAGAGCACAGAGCAGAUCAAAGAGAUUAUUACAGUACUUCAGUUUCACAGAGGCCAGGUCAAGGAGUGAGUGAAGAAAGAGUACUUAAACAUAUUGAUGACAGGCAACGGACAGUAUCAGAGUAUCUAGAGACCAGCAGUGCUGGUAAUUCUUUGGAAGGCCAUGUGAGUGAUGCUGGGAUAUCACUUAGGAAGCAGAAUGCAAAGGCAGGGUCUGCUGGUCAAGAACUUGGACGUACUGAUAGAUACAAAAACGUUGGAUUAGGAAUUUCUAGUAAUGGUGAGAAUGAUUUAAAGGAAGUAAGGUAUCAAGAAAUGAAAGAAAAUCAUUUAAAGAAAGCUGAAAAACAUAUUAAAAGUAAAGGGCCCAAAGGGAACGAGUGUGCAGGAAAUGAAUGCUUUCCAAAAGUCAAAGAACGAGUAAAUCCAACAAAAUGCUACAAAGUGAAAGGAGACAUAAAAACAAAGAAAAAUGAAGCCAUUUCUGCCAAAAAAGGAACAGCAAAGAAUAAAGAUGAAAAAUAUUCUAAGAUAAAACCAGGAAAAGAUAAUUCCUACAUGGACAAAGAUGAGCAUGGUUCAUCCUCUGAAAGUGAAGAUGAAGCAUUGGGUAAAUACCAUGAGGCCUUAUCCCGAACACACAAUUCCAGAUUCCCACUGGCCGAUUCUAGACAACAGAAUUAUACUUGGGAAACGAGACAAAAAUAUAGUCCUCUAUCUGCAGAGUAUGAUGGAUACAGUAGUGAAGCAUCCCUAGAUGAAGGAAACUGCAUUCAGAGAAUGAGAAGAACACCCCCACUGGAUGAAUUGCAGCCACCACCAUAUCAGGAUGACAGUGGUUCUCCCCACCUCUCAUGUACACCCUCAGAAAUUGGGGACAGUAAAUGUGAAUUUUCCCACUGCAGCAACAGUCCAAGAUGCUCAUAUAGCAAGUGCCCGAGUGAAGGAAGCACAGGUCGUGGAAUAGAAAGUUUUCAUAACAAAGGAUGCGAAGAAGAUGUUCCAAGCGACAGCACUGCAGUCCUGAGCCCUGAAGAUAUGUCAGCUCAAGGAUCAUCUUCACAGCUUCCCAAACCUUUUGAUCCUGAGCCAGAAGCUAAAUAUGGCACACUGGAUGUGACUUUUGACUAUGACUCACAAGAACAGAAGCUUCUGGUAACAGUGACAGCUGUCACAGAUAUCCCAACAUAUAACAGGACAGGUGGCAACUCAUGGCAAGUACACCUUGUUCUUCUACCUAUAAAGAAACAGAGAGCAAAAACCAGCAUCCAGAGAGGACCAUGCCCUGUCUUCACAGAAACAUUCAAAUUUAACCAUGUUGAAUCUGAGAUGAUUGGAAAUUAUGCAGUUCGAUUUAGACUGUAUGGUGUACAUCGCAUGAAAAAAGAAAAGAUUGUGGGGGAAAAGAUUUUUUAUUUAACAAAAUUGAAUCUUCAAGGGAAAAUGUCAUUACCUGUGAUAUUGGAACCUUCUUACAAUCAUUCUGGCUGUGACUCCCAAAUGAGCAUGUCCGAAGUGUCCUGUAGUGGAAGUACAUCCUCAUGUCAGUCUCUUGAACACGGCUCAGUUCCAGAAAUCCUCAUUGGCUUACUUUACAACGCCACUACUGGAAGACUCUCAGCAGAAGUCAUAAAAGGCAGCCACUUCAAAAACUUGGCAGCAAACAGACCACCCAAUACAUAUGUUAAAUUAACUCUACUGAAUUCCAUGGGUCAAGAAAUGUCUAAAUGCAAGACAUCCAUCCGCAGAGGGCAGCCAAAUCCAGUAUACAAGGAAACUUUUGUGUUUCAAGUGGCCCUAUUUCAGCUUUCUGAUGUGACACUUAUACUGUCCGUGUAUAACAAACGCAGCAUGAAAAGAAAAGAGAUGAUAGGCUGGAUUGCGCUAGGUCUGAACAGCUCUGGAGAAGAGGAGCUCAAUCACUGGACUGAAAUGAAGGAGUCGAAAGGACAGCAAGUGUGUAGAUGGCACGCACUGCUGGAGUCGUGAUGUUAGAGCGCGCACACGCAGCCCGGGCCUCCUUAUUUCCAAUGGCACCACUGCUGUCCUUGCCGAGCCACCAUUAGAAGAGUUCUCCUUUGAAGAAUCACCUUCAGCAUUCCACCAAAAUGUUUUAAAUUGUGUGGUAGAGUAUCUAAUACUGACAUAAGUGAAGAGAGGCUACAUCUCUGGUGGAGAUUGUUUGGGAAGAGGAAAGACUAAUGACGUCGUUGUUAAAUUAACUGCCCUCCAGAGCUUUCAGGGCAUGCUUUUGAGUUGGAGUUGAUUUUACUUUAGCAAAAGAGCCAGUCGUUUAUUCUAUGAAAAAUCGAAAUUAUGAAUGAUUUUAAUUAGAAUUUUAGUUGCAACACUAUUUUAGAUCACACUACAUAUAAUCCAUAAAACAUAUUUGGACUGGCCCAUCCCUGAUGUUUGAAAUGUACUUUAAUAUGAGAAGGUAGUUCUCCACCUCUGCCGUAAGUCAUAGCUAAUGUCGAAGGGCUCCGGUCACGUUGAAAAUUGUUUCAUUUCUUAUGUUUUCCCUUUGUGCACUUAGGUUCAUCAUGCCUCAGUUCUUCUCAGCACUAAGUCUAAGUGCAAGCGAGAUUUCAUUGUUGUAAAAAUAAUUUAAUGUUAUUUUUUAAACUCAUGACUUCAUUUGCCUCUGCUUUUGCCUGAUCCAAAGAGACCAGGUCACUGUACUGGUCCCUUGCAAGUCUCCUAGACAGGUUGUACUGUAGAACUACGUAACUUUCUGUUGAAAGCACUUCCUGUAUUCUCGUAUUCCAAUGUAGGAAGCUAAUAGAACAGGACCUUACAUUACAAUUUCCUUUCAAUGAUUGACUCUUUAAAAUUGUAGUAAUGUGCAAGUACAUUUUUUACAAACUAAAAAAAUGUAGUAGAUAAGCUAUAGAAAAUUGAAAACAAUUUACAUUAAAGAAAAUUUUAAUGAUCUGCUCUUAGUGUUUAGUAACCAGCACUGCACAAAGCAGGCAGCAUCCAGAUAAGAAGCUCUUCUCUCUCUGAAUCUCCUUCACUCCGACUUCGGUUUGUAUUUGUGAUAUGAGGACUCUCCAGUUCUCAGUUUGAACCAGAACAUCAUGUUCAAAAUAGUCCUCAGAUUCUUUAUGGAGUUUCUAGUGGCUUGUGGCUA